AUGGAGAAAUCGCCAACAAAAGAGAACAAUUCUCCAAAUUCUCAUCCAGAUUACUCAAUGGAAGAGGCUAAAAACACCCAAGUAGUGAGGAACCAGAGUACUGAGAGAGUUUAUCCCUCCCAGGAUAGAACUGGAGUUCAAGUUUCCAACCAUAGUUCUGAUAAUAGCGAUAUAGAAGAGAGCUCUAGUACGAAUACUUUAACGAUAAACUCAAGUAGAGUCAGUUCUGCUUCAGAUAGAGUAACUAUCUGAUUUUCAGAUAAUGGAAAUUUCGAUUCUAAAAUCGAUCAUUUGGAAGAUGCAGAAGCCAAACCUUUCUGGAGAAAGAUGGAAGAUUUAGAAGGACUCCCUCCAACAAGUCGGAAUUGACACAGCGCGACCAGCUACGGAAAAUACUUGAUCAUCUUUGGUGGUAGAGAAGGUGAUGGCUCUAAAAAGAUCUUGAACGAUGUAUUUAUUCUAAACACCUCUGAUGAAAAAUGGAUAGAACCCGAAAUCAUUGGCGAGACACCAAACCCUAGAAUGGGCCAUACAGCCCAGCUUUACAACCACACAAUUAUUAUCCAUGGAGGAUGGGAUGGGUUCAAAGUUCUUGAUGAUCUAGUGUUCUUAGAGCUACAGCCAACUAUGGACAAGGUGAAAAUAUGGACUCUUGUGCCAAAGAAUCAGACUACCCCUGCUCGUCAAUUUCAUACAUCAAGCAUAAUUGAGAACAAGAUGUAUGUGUUUGGGGGAGGCGAUGGGAAAUAUUGGCUUAAUGAUUUACUAGUCUUUAACCUCAUUUCAUAUGAAUGGGAAGGUCCAGUAGAGACAAAAGGUAGAGCUCCUUCUGGGAGACUUCAGCAUGCAGCAAUAGUUUAUGAUAAAUAAGAUAUUUAUAUUCGGUGGUGAGCCUGACCGAUAUAGACAACUAAAUGAUUUAUUCUACUUGGAUACAAAGCCAAUAAAUGGAUCUUCUAAAAUGAUAUGGCACCAGCCUGAUACAGAAGGUAUCCCUCCUACUCCACGUGUUUCAGCUACUGGUUGCUUAGUAGACUCAGAGAUUUAUUUCUUUGGAGGUUUUGAUGGACACAAAUGGCUCAACGAUUUGCACACAUUUGACCUAAAGACCAUGACUUGGUCAAAGAAAACUACAUUUGGACAUAAGCCAUCCCCGCGCUGUCGGCACUCAACGAAUCACUCAAACGGUAACUUAUACAUCUUCGGAGGAAAUGACUGUGAUAAGUCAUUUAAUAAUGUUCAUACGAUACAUUUGUACCCUCCUUCAACACUGAAGAAGGACAUGAAAAGUUUGAUCAAUGACGACCUGUUCUCAGAUGUCACCUUUGUCUUAGAAGAUGGCGUCAAGAUUAAAGCCCAUCGAGCAAUUUUAGCAUCGCGGUGAGAGGUGUUCAAGAAGAUGCUUACAUCUGAAAUGCAAGAAAGCAGAAAGAACGAAAUUGAAAUUAAAGAUAUUGGGCCUGGUAAAGAUAUGAGCAGUGACACUUUCAAAGCUAUUAUAUUAUAUAUCUACACAGAUGACGUUAACUUUGAGGAUCUUCAAAUGGUUGUCAAUUGCUUAAUAGCUUCAGAUAAAUACGACCUCAUUCGUCUCAAGAAGAUGUGAGAAUUGGAGCUUUCGAAAGUAAUAACUCAUGAUAAUGUAAUUGAUCUCCUCCACUUAAGUGAUGUGUACAAUGCUUCAGAGUUGAGAGAUAUCUGCCUAGAUUACGCAGUAAAGCACUUUGACAUUGUGACUAAGAGGAAAGAUUAUGAUAUCUUCCAAAAAUUAUCCAAGAAGACAAUUGUUGAGUUAUGUAUUAAAGGAGCAGGGUUUGCUCGAAGAUUUAAUCAAGGAUCACAAAAGCUGCAAGAAAAUCACGAUACUUAAA